CCUAUUAUGUAAAUACAUGUAACUAUUAUCUACUGUCGAAUCAUUUUGGCAACAUGCGCUAAGUAAGUUAGGCAUGUUGUGCAGUCCUUUGGGCGACUCGAUUGUCGCCUGACUUGACAAAAACUCGGACUAUUAUUAUAAUUAGGGUUAUCAGAUCUUACAGACCUUAGAUAGGAACACAAUGUCUUACCAAGUGCACUAUCACCAUAAUAAUUUAGGUGAAGGUUUGAUCUGUUCAACAUAGUUUUGUCAAUGUCGCUAUUGUCAGUGAGUGUUAUAUAACUAUAUUGUGUUUCUUACACAAUUCAUGAACAAGAUCAUUAAAUUCAUUAUUUAAAUUUAAAUUUGCGAAUGCUCAACCUUAUUGUCAUACCUUUUAAUAAUGCUUGAAACAGCAACCUUUUCAGCCUUACUCUUUGCUUCCAUAAAGAGAUCUUCCAUUUGUUUAGCCGCCACUUUUGCAUCAUCUGUUACUAGGUGUUGGUACCCACAUGCAGAUACAAGGUUUGGAAUAUCAGGUGAUUCGUCUGGUGUGAGAUCUUGAAUGGUUGAAAAGCUGUUUGAAACUAUAGAUGCAUAGCUUUUCGGUGCAGGGUUUUUGGUGUCCUGGUCGUGUUUGAAGGCGUUUUCUUUUCAAUAGUGAUCCAGUCAUUUUGUUUCAAAUGCAAUAUAUUUUUCAUUUUAUCUUUUUCACUUGAGAUUUUCUGAAUAACAUUUUUUAGUGUGUCGAUCUCGUAUGCCAUUUUGUUGUUAUUUCUAUGUUAUUUUCCGUUUUAAAUUCACUUUCCUGUUGUUUCUUCAGCAUCUCAACGAUAAGAUUGUUCAUUCUUGUUAUUUCUUCUUUAAAACUAGAUAUCUCAGCGUCUCGCAACUAUUGCAAUUUUCGUUGACGUUAGCGGUUUUUGUUGUUGUUGUUGUUGUUGUUGUAUCCACGUAGUAAUCAGCAUUGAUUGAAAUGUUCUCGGCCGAUUUCUUUGCCAUUUUAUCGUUUAAUAGCUUUGAUCGGGCAUCUGUAACCGUAUAAUUUUCUUCUUUUACUAUAAUCAACUUGUUCUUGCAUAUUCCAAGCCAUUUUAAGCCAAUAUCGGUAGCUUCGUUUGUAAAAUGCGUUACAUCGCCACCAAGCGACGUCCAAGUACCAACGAGAUUCAAAUUUUCGUUACAAACCGUUUUUGCUGGCCAAUACUUCCAUUGCAAACGAAAUCAUUUCCACAUUUACCCAACACUUCGUCUAGCUUGAUUUUAUUUAGGUUUUCGUUCCCUGGUGUUUGGGAAUUACUAUUAUAAUCAAUAUCAUUCACGGAGCGAGUACAAACCCGAGUAUCCGCCUUGUUGGUUAUGUCAAUUGAGUGCGAACCUUACACAGUUAUUCUGUUUGUGAUAGUGAUGAUAAAUAACUUUAUACAUAAUUACUGAUAACCUACAGUAUGUGAAGUUCAUAUCACGAGUGCCGGUACUGUAUGUUUUACAUAGUAUAUAAGUAAAUAAAGACCUACAAAUAUAAUCAUAAUAUUAAAAUAUAAUAAAAUCUUGUGAUUAGAAAGGGCAUGAUAACCGUUGUUGUCGGAAAACGUCGGAACACGACGCCAUGGUUUCCUGCGGUCGGUGAAAAAACAGCACGAACCGCAACCGCAAAUUGCACGAACCACAACCGCAUAUUGCACGAACCGCGACCGCCAACCGCACGAACUGCGACCGAACCGUAGUGUUAACUUACUUGUAGGCAGUACUGUAAAUGGCCGGAAAUUUUAAGUUGGUUGCUUAAUUGCAGCUUUCGUAAGAGAGAAUACCGACAGCACAACAAGACAGCGGUCUUCACGAUUGAAUUUCAAUUUACUGUCAAAACGUUUUUGUGCAUAAAUAUCAGCGGUUUAAGGUGUCUCGGUAUAGAUAUUAGGGAAUUUUCGAAUAUAAGACGGCGACGUCAGGACGACGGCUAAACAAACUGUUUGAAAUAAAUGAUUCCAUGGAAAUCUUGUCUUGUAUUUUCUUUCGUAUGAAUUUAAAAUAGUUUCGAACGGGUUAAACAGAGCUUUAACCUUCCGAGCAAUUUUGAUCAAUUCUGCUAGAAAAACUACCUGUCACGGCGUGAAAUGCUAGCGUACUAUACGAGACGUAAAAAUAUGCCUUUUGCUGUUGUCAACAGAGCUUGGACGACGUCUAAAACCCGACUAAAACUUUUAAUUAUUCAUUUCUUUUGUGCUAUAGGAUUAAUGUCAUUGUAUAUUGAUAGCCAUCGUCCUGACGUCGCCGUCUUACAUUCGUAAACUCCCUAUAGUUAAUUUAAGAACACCAAUAACUCUUCCACAAUUCUUCUCAUAUACUAUAAAAGGCAUGAACUAUCGUUUAUACCCAGAACAAACUCGCUAUUACAGACUAUUUUUUUAUAGCUAUUCCAUGCCUAAUAUACUGCAUUUAGACAUUUUACUUUCAGUCUUGACAGCCUUCUCUACCCUUCUAUAACUAUGAUUUGCGUUUUGCGGCAAGCAUUGUUUAGAACGCCAAAAGGUGUAGCAAUUUGACAUACUGUAUAUGUACAGCUAUGAAAACACAGGGCAGUGCAGCGCUUAAAUCGCAUAAAGGCUGCUAGUUUUUAUUAUAUCUUCAGUUCAACAACGAUAAAAUCAACCCAUAUACAGCAUUGGUCAUACUAUUCAACUAGUUCAUAUAAAAUGAACAUCUUGUGCUGGUCCGGGUUAGCUUCGUACCCUAGUGACAUACUUCUACGUGACACCCAAAAUCUGGGUGCCACGUGACCAGCCUGUGUAAGGGUUUUUGUUGCAGCGGCUUCGGAGGUAGCGGAAUAUUACCGAUUUCGUUCAUGAAAUGAGUAACCCUGUAAUUUAAAAGGGUGCUCAUUAGGUUCCUCAUUUCAUAGGUGCGAUUCUGAUAUUGACACGAUAUCGAUUUCGUCAUGAGAUAACACAAACUCCUGCAAUACGUCGCGGUUGUUUCGAAGACACUGAAUAUUUUGACGUACCAUUUUUAAACCUUUACUUGAUAACUGUCGCUUGAAUUCUCGUCUCGUUAAGGAAUUCAGUCUGGGACAUGUCUCAACAUCCCCACCCAACAAUAGCAGUAACAUCGAAAUAUUAUUUGAAUGGUGUACUCUGAAUCUCUUCGCCGUACUAACAUGCAGGGAUGAAAUACAUAACUUUCUUCCAUAAAACACCUCAGGUAACUGCAUUGACAAUGCAAUAACAUCAGGGCUAACAAAUGCACGCUUCUUGACGAAGAAUAUGCAUACAAUUAUUGAAAUUCGUAACAAAAUCGUAAAUACUUCAGGAAAAAAUCUCAGACGUCCGACCGCCAUUUUAAAUUCAGGCUAUAUGUUAAAUUCAGGAUAUAUAUGAAGGGAAAACUCUGAGCAUCAGAUUGAGAAAAAACCCGUUUAGAUUUUGUGUUUACUACAAACGCCACUUCCCUGUUGAGCUCACUAAGUCCCCUCCCCUCUCCCCCAUCCCCUUAAUAUAUUUAUUAAUUUAAUCAGGUGUCAAUUUUAUUUCGCAUUUAAAAAUAUGUUAAUUAUUUAGGGAAAUGUUUUAAAUCCACACUUCUGUCCAGUCACCGCGCCAGUUCUGUGUCAGAAUGUAGCCAGCGGUGCGUGCGUGUUGAGGAAUGCGUUGCAUUUAAAUAUCACUCGACCAUGGAGCGCCUUCAUAAGAACUGCAAAAUUCUGAACAGAAUUACAAGAUGUUUGCAACUGGGGAACAAAAUCAAUCAUAGUUCUUGGAAACUGUAUAUCUUGGUUAAAAAGGUUUGUGUUAAGACCAGUUGUAAGUUCAAACUGCGCAUCCAACGAAUAAAGAUAAAACUAAAAAAUACAUGCAUGCAGAAACCCCUCGCAUUGCUGUCAAAACCAUUAAAGGAAUACCGAAUGGUUUUCUGUGCAGGAUUGCGUGAUCCAUGCACGCGGGAUGUUGCGAGACUUUCGGAAAGCGUGAAAAUACACGAGCCGUAGGCGAGUGUAUUUUUACGCUUUCCAAAAGUCGAGCAACAUCCCAAGUGCAUGGAUCAUGCUAUCCUGGACGGGAAAACCAUUUGGUAAUUGUUUUAUAAAAUUACUACAGUAAAACGACGGUUAACUUGAUUAAAAUUACUGAUGAAAUGUGCAGUUCUCACAACAAUCGUCAAUUAACCAAUUGGAGAAUCGCUGCUCCACGCUAUUGAAAACAACAACAAAUGCAAACAGAAUUUGAUCGCAAAUUCGUGAAAAUAUAUAGCAAAAAUACUGAGAUUUUUUCGCUAAUAUUUUCAAAAUUUGAAAUGGAAAACCCGCUAAACAGAGAGCCAAAGUAGUUAUGAAAAGAUUCUCGACCUGAAUACUUGAAGAUUGCGAAGCAUUUGAACUUUGAAGCGACUAGCGAGAGAUGUUGUACUUGCCAUGGUCUGAUGAAUUUCAACACUAGGCGUUGCUACUUGCUUGAACAGGAAUGUGUCGAUCAGAAAUUUAUUCAUACAACUAAACCAACGUCUCAAUAAUUGGAUACUUACUUCAAAGUCGAAAGGUAUCGUACAAUGAAACUUUACAAUGCGAGUAUAUUUGUAAAAUUAUGUGCAAGAAUUUCUGUUCAGAAUUUCCCGUGCAGGAUUGUCUGACCUGCACGGCUGUUGACCAAUCAAAUUGCGUGUUUCACUGUAGUUAUUUUAUAAUGUAUUUUCCGAACAUGAAGUAUUUAAUAUAGUUGUCAUGGUAACACGAUAAUUUUGUUAAGAAUAUUUUUACAAAUGAAAAAUAUCAAAAAUCCCCUAAAAAUAUAACUUUUAAUUACAAAAUUAUCAAUUCCACAAACAUAUGUUAGGUAUGUUAUUAUACGUAAUAUAAGCUUAAGCUUAAGUAAAAUUCAAUCUCAGAUGCUUGCAAGAAGUUUUAAAAUGUUCUUUAUAAAACUAAACUGUCGCUAUUAUCGAUAAACUUUGAGUUUGAAAUAAAAUGACUUCAAAUUCUCGCAUUCAAACAUCUUUGCUUUCUUUUUUAUUUAAAAAAAAUUAUUAUAAUAAAAAAGGGUAAUCAAUAAAAAGACACUGAAAAUAUAUGUUGUCCUUUUCAUUUAAAAUAUACGUAACGAUCAGAGAACAAUACAUCAUUAAAACAAAUUUAUCUUCGUUAACGUCGGCGACUUUACUCCCUUCUGUUAUAGCAAUUCUUUCCUGUUUAUUUUCUUAGAAAGCUUUUAAAAUUCACAAAAUCUUGCAAAAAUGAAAUAUAUUUGCAAGAAAUCAUCAAAUCAAGAAAUGUUUACUAUUUCGCUGUCGUCAUGCAGUCGUUAUAACGCAAAUUUUAUAUUUGACCAAUUUUUUAUUUGACCAUGGUUUUGAGAUCAGUGAGGAUGACCACCCACCCAACACUCGAACACCGUUGGCCACCCACGCCCGCGAUCAUUGAUGAACUUUAGACUUCGCUAAUGCUUUCGUUUCUCCGGGUGUAAAUAGCCGGGCGGAAGUACCCUCGCCCCGGGCUUACGCCCGGGACGGCUCUCCGCGCCGUUGGCUCGAGGAUAAUAUACAUGUAUACAAAUAGUCUUUCGCUUACGCGUUUGUGAAAACUGGCAUUUUGCAUGGCUUUUAGUUCGAAAGCCUGUUUCAUAAUCUGCGCAAAUAGUAUAACAAAUUUUACAGUUAAUUUUGCAUUCCAUGCGCGACCAGCGAGAUGGUAUAGUUAUAUAAUUUGAAUAUUUUUAGCAGUUUAGAAUUACCAGAAUUAAAAGGAUUAGUGCGAGGGUACUAACCCCCUCCCCCCCCCGGCUAUUUACACCCGGGGAAACGAAAGCAUUAGCGACUUACUGUGCGUUAAAUUAAAUAAAAAAGAAAGCAAAGUUAUUUGCAUGCGAUAAUUUGAAAUCGUUUUAUUGCAAACUCAAAGUUUAUCGAUAAAGCCAUUUAAUUAAAGGCAGUUUAGUUUUAUAAAGAAUACUUUAAAACGUUUUGCGAAGCGUUUGUGGUUGAAUUUUACCUUAAAUUGAAGCUUAUAUUACAUAUAAUAACAUACCUAGCAUAUAUAUAUUUUGGGAAAUUGAUAAUUUUGUAAUUAAAAGUGAUAAUUUUAGGCGAUUUUUCAUUUGUAAGAAUAUGCUUAUAAAAUUAUCGUGUUACCAUGACAACUACUUUAGAUACUUCAUGUACGGAAAAUGCAAUGGUUUUGUCAGUAAGGCGAGGGUUUCUGCAUGCAUGUAUUUUCUAGUAUUAACAUAUUAGGCAAUAGAAAUAGGCUACCUAAACUGCUAUAAAAAAAUACUAAAAGUAGGCACACCCAUCGUCUGUUGCCGUUUGCGCUCAGAAUGCAAUUGACUAUGAAAGGCUUAAUUGAAAUAACUGCAUAAUCCAUGAAUUUCACAGCGAUUUUCCAAAAUAAUUUGUUGUAAAUAAGUUAUAAAAUAAAUAUUUUACAUUGGGCCCCAUUGACUAAGCGUUAUUGAAAUUUUUCAUUGAUUGUUCGAAGAACAUGAAGUACAUAAUUUAAACUGGAAAAUACAUACAUGCAUAAACCCUCGCCUUACUAACAAAACCAUUAUGUUUUCCGAACAUUAUCAUGAAGUAUUGAAAGUAGUUGUCAUGGUAAUACGAUAAUUUUAUUAAUUAAGAAUACUAGUUUUAAGAUUGAAAAAUCCCCCAAUUGCAAAAAUAUCACUUUUAUUUCCCAAAUUAUACGUAAUAUAAGCUUCUAUUUAACAUAAAAUUCAACGACAAUGGACCAUUCCCCAAUUAACCCAAAUUUUGAACUCAACAAGUCUAGACAAAAAUUUCAUCACAGCUUGAAAGAGCUUCACAAAAUUCACAAAUUCCAUUUCCUGUUUGUAAUCUAAAAUGACUGAAAAUUGCAAGUUUCGCAAGGCUAUAUUAUCUGCAUUUUACAACAGUUUGCAACGAAAGUUUGGAAUAUUACUAAUUUUGUGAUGCUCUUUCAUGCUAUGAUGGAAUUUUGUCUAGACUUGUUGAGAUCUAAAUUUUGGUUAAUUGGGGAAUGGUCCAUUAGCGUUUCGCAAAACGUUUUAAAAUAUUCUUAAAACUAAACCGCCUUUUAUCGGUAAACUUCAGUUGAGUUCGAAAUGAACUGGUUUCAAAUUCUCGCAUGAAAAUAACUUUGCUUUUCUCUUUAUUUAAAGAAGGUAAUUAAUAAAAAUACACUGAACUUAUAUUCUGACCUAGCCUCCUUCGCAGACAUCUCGUGGUACUUACCUACAAUCGGUUAGAUGCCUGCCAAAACCCGACAUGAUUGAGCCGUUCUGCGCAUCUUGCUUGCGCAGCGAUUUUAUCUCUAGGGUAUGCACGUGGGGAGGGAUUUGUCAUCAAAGAUGGCGGAUUGCAUGGAGUGAAGAAUUAUGAGAAUUAGUGAAUUUAUAUUAAUACGGUCGCUAAAGGCGGCUAAACGAUUAAGGCGGGGGUACACAUGGAUUGAUGGUCUUUUUGAAAUGGCUGUAAUUUUAAAGAUAUUUACCAGAGUUAUGACAAACUAUAUAUCAGUAGAAAGCUUAUGACCUAUAGAAACUAAAAAUACUAAUCACUAGUGCCUAACGUCCUUUGUAACCUGACACCAGGCCGGCAGUCAUACCACAUGCUGUGCAAAACUAGGGUGCAUUUGAGAAAAGAUAUCUGCUUAUAAAUUGCUUGGAAUUUUAAGAAAUUUUAUCAGUGAGUAGUAUGGGCAUCAUUAUCUUAAAUGAGCAUAGAACUUUUUUGUAUGAUAAAUCUAGUGGUCACAGCAGAGGUACAAAGUUAACAUAGGUUUUUUCAAUAAUAUUUUUUGUCAUAAAAUGUAUUCCACACGAGAUACAGAAAUUUCCUACGCUUAAUUAAGACAGCUCUAAUAAAAGAAUAAGCCCUGAAAAUUUCAGGACAAUUGGUUAAAUACAUCAUGAGAUAUCUUUUCUCAAAGACGGAAAAUGUACAUUCCGAGAAAACAAGUGUUAAAGUUUCUAAACAACUGUUCGAGCUGUUCCUGACAGGUUUCAGGGACUUUAGCCUAAUUUUUUGUCAUUAGAAGUACUUUUAGCACUUCAGAAGCCUCCAGCCUCAUAAGUUGUCCCUUCUACUUCUCAUAGAGCUUCUUCUCUCAGUUUUCUUUUGAAGCUGCUCCACCUGUCGACGUCUGUUGUUUUUUUCAGAUGUCUGGCGGUUUGACUUUCUGACCUGUUAAUUGUCUUUUAAGAGCAAACUUAGUUUUUCCUGCAGUUUCAUGUUUGGUUUAAAAGAUGUUCCUGUGUGUUAACUUAAAUGACUCUAUUGGUAUAGCUAAAUUUUCCAUAGUUUUCUUUGCCGAACCCUCUUGCUGGUAACAAGGAUGUUUAAAGAUGCACACUGCACUCAUCGUGCUUACCAAUGGAACAUGCAGACCAACAUUUACCACAGUUUUUUGUAUACAGUCAAUUUUCAACACCAAGUUACAUGAGUUUGUAAGAUAACAUUGUCGUAACUGUAUUCUUGUCCUAUUGCUGCAAGUGGUACACUCGGUAAACAUAUUCGGCCCAAAACAAGCUCUCAAACUUGGUACACCUUGACAUGUAAUUACAGUACCUAAAAUGCAGUACAGAAACCUCAUUAAUAUUAAUACCAAAAAGCAUUAAAAUAGUAAAAUUAUAACAAUGAAGCAAGAAAUAAUGUAUUGAUAUCUGUACCAAAAUUGGGUAGAGAAAAUUGAUCUCUUGAUAUCAUAAUAUUGCAAAUUUGCAAUAAUUACUAAUUAUAUUAUUAAUUAACAUUUUUGAGUUAUUGUAUACUAGAAUCAAUCAUUCAAUGAUAGAAAAAUACUUACAUUCACAACUUUUAAGUUCAUCAGAACAAACGUUUGAAGAUCUGUUUAUAACAUGCCCAAGAAUCCAAAUCGAAGAUGACUGUUGACAUUGAAAUAAUGACCAUGACAUUGAAAUAAUGCCCGAUUAUUGCCUGAAUGUGUUCACGUUUUAUCGUCGUCUUUAUAGCGCAUUUCUUCACCCCAGUGAAUAAAGUUUCAUUUUAAUGUUUUCUGUGAACCAUUAUUAGUUAUUUUUAACCAUAUGUUAAGAAAUAUAUACACAAAAGUAAUCAAUAUUUAUUAAAUAUUGAAACACAUUUUCGAGUUUGUUCUGUUUGAAUCACUAGUUCUCAAAAAAUGCAUCAAUGCGCAUAAUCGCCACGUAAAUCCGCUGCAAAAUCAUCUAGAGAUGAACCUGUAUCAUUAUUUUAUAUUAGGGAGGGGAGGGACAGCAGUAUAUUGGUAAAAACAUGAAAAAUAUGAAGGAUUCUGCCUUUCGUUACCAUGGCAACCAAGCUGAAAAUUAUAGUGAGGUGGUUAAAAACAGCUCCUGAGAGAACAAUUUUUUAAAUUCAACCAAAUAAAUACUUUCACAACAUCAAUUACAUGCCAGAGUAACUAUUUAGCUCAAAAAAUCAAAAUCGAUUUUUUUGAAAUGAUUCCAUGUGUACCUUAACAAUAUUCAGCUUUUUUGGACAAUUGAAAGAAUCUUAACCCGGAAAUUAAAAUUGUUAUCAAAUAAUUUACAUGUUGUCAGUUGACAUGUAUUUUUGUAUAAGCUGCAGAUGGAAAUAGAAAUCUUGUUGUAAUCUUUUAAGCACUAUAAAGGUAGACUUUGUGUUAAUAUCACAAUGAAAUGCAUUUAACUUCAUAUAAUAUUUUUUUGGAUCAAUUAGUUGUUUUGUGUUAAAUAAUUAUUAAUGUCUGGCUGGCAUAAUUAUAUAAAAUAGUACAAUUAUCAUGUACAGUUAGUUCAUGGUUGUCAGAAGCAGGACGAAAUUGCCCUACAUUGAAUGUGUAGAAAUGUAACAAUAUAAAAUAUAUUUCAAGAUGACAAUUGUGGACCCAGUUUUAAUGGAAACCAAGGCAAGAGCCAUAUUGAUUUGAGUGAAAAAGCCUUGGUCUGGUGUUUGGUUGUCAGAUUGGCCGAGUACGCCAAUCAGUGAAACAACAUCCAAGCUAAAGCCACUGUCUGAAAUCUAAAAUUAGUUGGGUUUACUCACUAUAUUACAAUAUUUAGUACCUGCAUGGUGUGAAUUGCAUUGUACAAUCCAGCAGUUAAACAAUAACGUGGUAGACGAUUAAAAUAAUAUAACUUUAUUAAUCCAAUUAAACAUGUUUAAUUGUCAGGGUUUCCAUGAAAGAAACUAGGUGCUAUUUUGCAUGUCUGAGAUGGAGAUUAAGGUGUUGCAUCCUAGAAAGUGUGGACAGCAAGGUUUACAUUGUACAGUUAGCAGCUUCAAGGCUAUAGUGAAAUGGACAAGCAACCAUUGUCAAUGACAACAUUGAUUAAGCAUGUCAUAACCUGCCAGAUAAAAUAGUGACAUAUUGAACAUGACCAGCAUUGUGUUCUGCUGAAAUUUUAUGGGAUAAAAAAAUAAAGUGUAAACUGUGGUUCAUGCUCACAAUUUCCCUGCGACUUAUUUUUAAAUCACAUCGCCUUUUAUCAGAAAUUGCAUUGCAAGUUGCAGAUUUACUAGAGGGGGGUUUUCAUGAUAAAGCAAAAAAUAACAGAGACAAAAUGAGAUGCAGUAAUUUGAGCAAUAACAUGAUGAUAUGCAAACUUCAAAUAACAAUUACCAUUCAAAAUCAGUAUGUUGAUGGACAAGCAGCAUACAUGACCGACACAACUCGGCACCAUAGCUGGCAGAGCAGCCGCCUACCAGACCAUGCUGGAUCGAUCCUUGGAUUAUUUGCAAUUACAAUUUUCAAGCGACAAUCCAAAUUUUAGAUGGCUGUCUAAAAUUUUAGUUAGCUGGAUGGCAGGCUGUUUAAUACCAUGAAGUAAUGCAGUAGAAUAAUCUUGAGCGUAACAUCUAACAUAAUACAGCAACAAUAUAAAUUGUAUAACUUUGCUUGACUUAUAAUUAUUGAAUAUAAACUCUUCUUACAUUUGGUCAACUUGCACAAUAGUUGCUUGCAAAUUUGUGUUUAAGCUCAGUCAGUACUAAGCAGUUUACUCAGUGUUUACAUAGUUUACAUGCUGUAUAUGUACUCAACAAAUCCCUGAAAUAUGUCUCGCUAGCGAGCAACAUACAACGUAAAAACACAUGGGAUUGUAAAUUUGAAGUUUGUUCUUUGCUGAAAUAUCUCAAAAUUGUGUAGACAAACCAGUUUCAAUGUCAUGCACGUCCACUAGAGUGUAUAACAGUAAUCGACAAAUUAUUCCAAGAGGCAAGAGCAUCCAUUAUCCAGUUGAAAUUUUGACAUUUACCACUCCAUCUGCCUUCUAGAGUUUUCCGUUUCCCAAAAGUAUUAAUAUUUUGAUGUUAUAUGCAUGUAGGAUACAGACCAAAUUUAAAUUGAAAGGUUUCAAAAAUUCUUAUAAAUUCCAUUCACAUUCACAUUCACAUUCACACUUCGUCGCUCGAUGCGAUUUAGACAGUUUCGGCGUGGUUUGACCAACUGGAUUUCGUUAAAUUCCGGCCAUCCGUUCUAAGUGCAAAAUAAUCAAUGUUUCAUCCAUAUUUGUAACAAUUUACAACAUGAAAAUGAUAUUCUCGAUCAAUAUUUUUUCGAAUUGUGUUUGAAUAUGAAGUAUAGCCUAAAUAAAGAGAUCGUAUCCUAUGGAAGUGGGGGUCAUACAGCUUUUGACAUUUUGUAGUAGUUUUGAUAUGAACAAAGUCAUCCCUAGGGUACCCCGGAAGCCACGACAAGUCCGUUGACGUGACACGGCAUGUCCAUUCACUUCUGGUUUUAGCUGGCAUCUCUCCCCAAUUUUCUCCCUGCACAGGUAACCCAAUCAGAACAUCAGUUAUUUGAAUAAAUAAAUUAUAUAAGUUCUCGACGAUUAAGAGAUGCCUGUGGAGGAGACUAAUUCUGACCUUUUUUCGGUGAUAUACACAGCGAUCAUAUCAGUUUUUAAAGCAAUUAUAAUGCAAGCAAUAUUUCUAAUUCAAUAUUACAAGCAAACUUACCUUGAGAAAGGGCUUACUUACCUGAGAAAGGUUUUGAAAUUUACAAAAUCUUGCAAAAAUACAAUAUAUCUGCAAGAAAUGUCGGCCAUUUCCCUGUCAUCAUGCAGUCGUUAUAAUGCAAAUUUUCUUAGUUUGACUAAUCAGUAUUCGCUAUUCAUGACAGUCCGCCAUAUCUUUUAAACCAGAAGGGAUGACCAUCCACGCCCUCGAACAUUGAUGAACUUUGGACUUUGCUAUAACGCUUUUGUUUCCCCGGGUGUAAAUAGUUGGGCGGUAUUAGAAUUGGAACCCUCGCCCGGCUUACUCCCAGAACGGCGUUCCGCGACGUUGGGUACGGUAUUAACACGUAAUAGUGGUCUUAGUUUGUUCAAAUUACGAAAUAUUCCUUUAUUACGUCUGUCUGUGUUUUUACACGUGACUCAUCAAGCCUAUCUUAGCCCCGAUUUUUCUAUUUCGAACUUCGCUUCCUAUUUAACCUUGAAUUUUAAAAUGCAAUAUAAUUUGUAAUGGAUCUCUGACGGCAGCAAACUAUAACGUUCUGUUGUUAAAUUCUUGUCACUUCUCAUUGCAGCCAUGCUCGAAAAACAAUGUGUGCAAAAAUGGAGGCAGCUGUGUUGACCAUCCAUGCUCCAUCACAAAAUUUGAAUGUAUUUGUUCUGAAAAUUUCAGUGGGAAGUAUUGCGAGGAAGUGACUGGUAAGCUCGUGCAAGCUUAAUAAGUCAUCUAUGUAUAACUUGAAUAGAAACGCCCAAUGCAAGGAUGACGGUAAUUUCUCUCAAAUUUAAUUUUGUGCAGGCUUACACUGGAAUUCCCAACACUAUUUGGCGGAAAAGUAUAUAUACUACUAGAAUUAGAAAAUACAUGCAUGCAAAAACCCUCGCCUUGCUAACAAAGCCAUUGUAUUUUCCAAACAUGAAGUAUUUAGAGUAUUUGAAGUAAUUAUCGUCAUGGUAAACGAUAAUUUUUCAAGAUUAUUUUUACAAAUGAAAAAUCCCUUAAAAAAUCACUUUUAUAUAAUUACAAAAUUAUCAAUUUCUCAAACAUAUACAUGUUUGUAUAGGUAAUAGCAUGGUUUCGAGUGCAAUUUGGAUAUAACAUGCACGAGUGAGUUUUUCAAAGACCUCAAAGUAGCACGAGUCCGAAGGACGAGUGCUAUUUGAGGUCUUUGAAAAACUCACGAGUGCAUGUUUAUCGAAAUUUCACGAGAAACCAUGCUAUUACUUAUUAAUAAUUUACAUAAAAAUGUUCGAGACAAUUGUAGUUUUAACUUACGCGUUUAUAGCGAACAUUCCACCGGCAAACUUUUCCUGGCUUUGUUAUAUCACAUUAUGCAACGCUAACAGCUUGAAAAUUCCACUCAACUAUGUAAUUUUUGUUAGUCUUGUUUAAGGUUAAUGCUUUUCCAUUUAAAAAUAAAGAUAAAAGCCAUAUUUUUCACGCGAAAGCAACUUUUACUUUACUGUAGCGCGGCGCCAUGUUUGUUUUGUUUUGAAGCAAUCUGUGACCGUUACUUCUUUAAACUAAAUUUCUUUAAACUGAUUGGUUGAUUUAAUCAUCACAAUGUUUUUCCACCAAUCAGAUCAGUAUGUUACAGAUUUUUGCACUGUGAUUACAGAAAAUUGCACUGUGAUUACAAAAAAUUGCACUGUGAUUACAGAAAAUUGCACUGGGAUUACAGAAAAUUGCACUGCUGUUUGGGAUUAACUGCACUGAAAUCAACCAAUCACAGUCGAGUAAUAUCUUUAUGUAUAUUAUUAGGUAUGUUAUUAUACGUAACAUAAGCCUCAAUUUAAGGUACAAUUCAACCACAAGCGCUUCGCAAAAAGUUUUAAAGUGUCCUUUAUAAAACUAAACUGCCUUUAUCAAUAAAUUUUUGAGUUUGAAAUAAAAUGAUUUCAAAUUCUAGCAUGGAAGUAACUUUGCUUUUUUUUUGUUAAAGAACAUUGGCAGUAAAACUUAAGUUUGUCUUAUUUGAAAGAUGUUUCAAAAUGAUAUAUGAAGUCUCUUUGCAACUUUUCCAUAUCUUGCUUAGCUAUAGUUUUCGAAAUAUUUCAACCUAUAAUAACCAUCGAUAUCUUAUAUAAACUAGAUAGCGCAUCUCUUUUAGGAAAAUUGAAGCCAAGAAUAUUCCAGCGAUUACUCCCAUUUGAAUAGAUAACGACGAUGUUGGCGUUUCUCACUCGCUAAUAAACGCUUAAAAAACAACAAUAACUUUCAUCAUUUGAAUAUUUUGAAAAUGUAUUUGGAACAGGUUUCGCUUAAUAUUUAAGUUCUCUGUUUAAGAAAUAGGAAACAUACGAGUCUUCUCAUUUCAUGGGAAUAUCCUGAGUCUGCAAUAACGGCUUCAAUUUUUGCAAUGCAGAAUAAUUAGAUGCACUAUCUAGUGUAUAUAAGAUAUAUCUAUGAUAAUAACAAGCAGUGCGCCAUCUUGGUUUGAUAAUUAACAUAAUUAAUGUGAUGUCACAACUGGGAUAAAUUGUUAAAACUUCUUAAUAUCUGACUGAAUUUGACUGAAAGAUUUCAUAAAAUGUUGCGAAUUGAUUGGAAAAUUAAAAAUCGCAUUGUACGCAAGAUAAAAUUCUAUUUUUCAUCCAGUUGUGGCGCUCCGGAGUUUUUUCCGCAAUUUGAUUGGUUGGUCAGGUCCGAAUAUCAUUGCACUAUUCACUUCCACUUUCGUGAAUAAUUGUUAAUUAUACUGUGUAAUUUUACGAAAUUCAAUUGUAAAUGUUCUACUAAGAAGUCCAAUUAAAGCCGUCGUUUAUUUGUCUUACAUCAACGUCAGGACAAAUGAAUAACGAAAAUUACAAAACACUUUUUAACUGUGUAGAUUGUAAUUCUUAUCUUAGGUAUUUAAUUAAUGCCAUCAUUAACCUGUUUGAGCUAGUGACGUAGUUCUUUUCAAUAAUUAUACAUUGCGCGCGCAUUUUUUACUAAUUUAUGCAAUGCAGCUGAAUCACCAAUUCUGUUAUCACAUCUUAUAGACGAUCAGCUGUGCACUGACUAAUACAAGAACAAAUUUGAAUGUGUUUUAAAGAUGUACAUGCAGUACGAAUGAAUGAUAUUUACUUGUAUUUUUUAGGAAUAUUUGCCUCGUGUAAAGCAUUGCGUCAAAUGAGCAGGUAAGAAUGGCAUAUGUACGAAGCAGUGUGUACAGCAAUUUACCUAAUACUUCUUCUUGACUAGUCAUGUUGCAUGUAAACCGUAUGGUUGUUCAUAACUUCUUGUUGAGACAACUUUAAACUGUGAACAGAAACCAUAUUUUUUCACCUUCUUCGAAACGCUUUCGGUUUAUGUCAAAUUACCAUGUCAUCAGUAACCAGUAAUAACACUUCCUUCAUAUUUACAUGUUUGGUCAGCAAACAUUCCUGAAUAAUGUAUAAAAAUUUGUUAAUUUUUCGGCUAAUUAAUAACAUACGUACCAAUGAAAAUUUGAAUUUAGUAAUGCAACUAAAGUUAUUCGUUUAAAUUUAAACAUCUUUGCUUUAUAAAUUUUUUAACCAACUAAGUUGGGUUUCGUUCUAUUGCGCGCUACUUAAUUUUUUUCUUUGUCUAACGCGACGCGAUUUAUUUCAUUUGACAAGGGGAGGCCUUGGUGCUCAAUGGGUUAAUCAGACACAUGUCUCUCUACGUGUCUAAGAUAAUUCACUAAGUUGCAGUGCGCCAAUAAUGCCCCUAAUUUAUAAUUUCAUUCGGCGUAACACCAGGCAAUUUACUCUUCAAUGGAAGAGCGCUGACAAUUAAGAUGAGGGUUACUUUUCAUGUGUUUUGUAAUCAUUUCGAUUAAACGAAUAGCAAAAUGGAAGAAUACUUUAUGGUAUAUAUCUACGCAUUCAAAAAUAAAAUAAGAAAUUGAGAUUUUAAGUGUUGCUGAAUUGUAAAUUAUGCGUACGAAAUUUGAUUGUAAUGUAAAAUAUUGUUAUGAUCGUUUUCAGCAAGCUUAACAUAUAGCUCAGCAGGCGAUUAAGUGUGCGUCUACCACGUUGUACAGACAUCGGCAUUGUUUGACAAGGACACAGGCCAUUGGGGAAAUUUCCCCCGAUAAAAUUUACGAUUGCCGUAUUGUAAGAUCAAGCAAAAACAUGUAGGCUUUUUAUGCUCAACUAUCAAAUUAGUUAUGAAAGCAAUGAGCUCGAGUUGUUUUGCAAAUAAGUCAGGAAAAGUGAAUACAACAUAAAAAGAUGUCAUGCUUGAACGAAACGCGCAAGAGUUAAGCAAAUGCUAAUUAUACGAUAACAACAUUCAAACCUCAUUACGGUCGACACGAUUAAAGAAAAGCUCACAGCCGAGAGAUCCCGCUAGCCGAUACGUAUCGUUGGGUGGGCUCAAAUGAAUAUGUAUAGUACUAACUCAUUCACACAAAAACAAGUAACGUCACCUCCCCUAUGAUUACUCAUAAGGCAUGCAGAUGUAGUUUUUGAAGGUACAACGAUCGUUAAUUUAAUAUAUUAACUAAUUUUUCAUACAUCAGUGAUCUUGCAAACGGUGUUUACAACAUUCAAACGGAAUAUGGUACUGGAAAGACAAAAACAUACUGCCAGAUGACGCCACUUAACGGCUGUGCUGGUGGUGGUUGGACUAUGGUUAUGAAAAUCAAUGGCAACAAGGUUAUUUCUCAUAAUUUUGAACUUUAUUAUUUCUUAAUAUUACGUAAUUAUAAAUGUAGAAGAACUUCUGGAAAUUUCUUAAGAAAACUCCAAAAACUGUUUAUUUAUUUGUUACUUUUUUCAUUUCCUUAAACCGUUUGCAUUAUAUGUAAGUAUGCGGAUUGAAAAAUGUUGCACCAUUUCAAUAUUUUUUAAGGUUUAAAGGACAUUGGCAACCAAAAUAAUUUUUAUUGCUAUAUCUAUUAGGUAUACUUACGGAAUACUUAAUUUUAUAUUUUGGCUGGUUUGUCGCGUUUAGUUGUUGAGAAAAUGUAAUAAAAAGUUCAACAGGCGUCCGCCAUUUUGAAAGUAAACAUUUAUGCUACAUCAUAUAUUAUCUGACGUAUAGCUGGGCAAACACAAUUUCAUGACUAUAAAACAAUACCGAGUAUUACCACGGGUAGUUCACUUUGAGCCAAAAAUCCAAAAACCAAAGGCAGAAAAAUUUUACCAAGUAUGUAACUUGUUUGUAACACUAUUUCUCAUGUUAUAUAUCCUAAUCCGCGUUAAAUAAACGCAGAAAUUCGAGUGUAUCAAGGCAAACAAUGAUGCAAUAUUUUAUGAUCAAUUACUUGUAUUGUAAAUUGCGCCAUUCCUUGCUUUCCCAGUCGCUCGAUAUGUUUUUAUUUGAUAGCGUAGACUUUUCUUGUUUGAUUGCGAAGAGUGUUGGCCAGUAUAACGCUCAAAACGACAUAUUUUUAACUAACAUAACACGCAUGCAAUAGAAUAAUUUCUCUCUGGUAGUUUUGGUGCUACCCAUCUAAUGACGACACAAAGUUCAUUGACCUUCGAGAUAAUUUUUCAAAAAAAUGUUUUGCAAGAUGGCGGCGAAACACAAAGUUUGCAUGCAUUUUACUCGUAGACUAAAAUGUUCGAGAAGGAAAGGAUAAUAUUUUCAUAGUUAGGUCGUCAAGUAGGAUUGAAAUAGCCAAUAAAAAUUUUCGUUGCCAUUGUCCUUUAAGACAAAUGGAGACUUUUUUCAGAGACAUGACUUUAUCAAAAAGAAUGUAUAACAGAUAUCUUCGGCAUAAAAUCAUGUCGAAAUCGUAUUUUUUUCUUGGUUGAUUUGAUUCGUAAUGUUGUUCAACAUGUCAAGGAACAACGUGCAUAUUUUUUUGCUCAUUGGAAACGGAUGAACUGGAUCUGAGAGAGUGUUUCUCUUUAUUUCAUAGGACACAUUCUACUACAGGUCCCCUUACUGGUCCAACAAACUAACGUUUAAUCCAGUUGGUGGAGCAUCCGGUUUUGAUGAUGUGGAAACGAAACUGCCGACAUACUGGAGCACUCCAUUCAAUGAGCUUUGUAUUGGAAUGAAAGUAGGAAGUAACCUAAAGUUUCUGAAGAUACCUUUCGCUGCUCACUCAUUGCAUAGUUUGAUUGCGGAUGGACGUUUUCGUCCAACAAACGUUAGUAAAGGGAAAUGGAGGUCUUUAAUUGCUGGCUCAUCUCUACAACUAUGGUGCAAUCUUGAAGGUUUUAAUAUAUUGAAUAAUAUUCUUGUGAUCCCAGCUGUGCGACUUGGAAUAAUCGCAAACGAGCAAGAGCAGUGUUUAACACCAGAUUCAUUCAUUGGCUUAGGAGCUACAAAUUAUACAAUACACCCCAACUGUUACAUCGAUGGCUUAAGUGUACCAUCCAGCGGUAACAUUGGAACAUGCGGUGCGGACAACGGGCGAGUGAACAUUAAAUCGAUGGGGUAUAUUUUAGUUCGGUAG